AAACGGGCCUCCGCGAUCAGCCAAUCAACAGCGGGCGUGAAACACGUGAUCCAAAACGCAUUCUGAUUCCGGAGUGAGUGUGCGCUCAAUGUACGCAAUAUUUCGCGCCGCAACAGGUGUAGGGUAGAAGUUGUUGUUAUCACGUGUCAGAGAUAAUUUGAGAUAAUUAAAUCUUAGCGCCAAACGAUUUGUUAAGACGCGAUGACGCUUCAAUUGCGAUAACGCUCGAAAGAUAUUCUGUGCUCCUGGUACUUUAUUAUAUCAUACCUUGACGCAUCAUGGAUAAGGAUGUAAAUCCUGCCGGUGCGAAGACACGUGUUGCACAAAAUUCGAAGGAGGAGAAGAAUAAUGUUUUGGCCGCCUACCACACCCUGAAAUUUUCAAAGGAAGAUAAGGAUUGCUUCGAUGUCGCGGACAUCGAACGCAGGUCUCUCGCUGUGAAGUACAUGACGACAAAGUUGUUCGAUUCGGAAGGUACGGCGGCGGAGCUGCUCCGAAAGGGUCUUAAAGACUAUCAUACUCUGGUGAGAGACAAGACUGGAGUAAACAAUUACUGGAAACAGAUUAAAUCUCAACUAUCGAACGUGAAAAACGAUCCGUUGAAGUGGAAGUCGAAGUUGGACGAUGAGAAGUUGGACGCCACGCUGAAAUUUAUAAAACCUUUGGCUUGUCAGAAGCUCAACACUCUACCUUGCAAAGGAAGAUCUUACAGCGAUAGGGAUAUAGAGAAAAUAAUAAACAGUUCGAAGAAGGAUAUAUCGGAGAGAAGUAGAAAAAUCUCUCCGCAGUUGCAGGCAACUUCUAGCCAAAGUUUGAGUCAAGAAUUCUCAUUGAAGCCUAACAGUGAACAGAAAAUAUCUACUUACUUCAAGAAUAUUCCUAGAAAUAGUAUUAAUAAGCAUGUAAGUCACGCCAAACAGAAUACACCCAAAGUACAAUCAAACAGCCAUUCUUAUCCGAAUUUGGAUAAAUUUGUGCAAAAAAUGCCUCCUAAAUUAAACAAUAGUGAUACGAAUGGUAAAAACUCGCGCAGCAGACUCGUACCGAUAGAUCCGCAUGCACCGAAAUUAAAGCCAGCUACUCCUCCACAGUCCAGCAGCGAAGACGCCAAAACGCAAAGAGUCACUCUCGAUUCCUUCAGAAGCGCCAGGGACGAACUCCACAUCCAGGAGAUGAAGAAGAACAAAUCGGCACCGAAGAAGACUCUGGGCGGUCGAGGAGCGGCCAAUGCUCCGUUCAUCUGCCCGUUCAAACGCGACAAAGAAGAGCAAAGUAACAGUGCGCCGCAAGGCACAGCGAGCGGGGAGGAAGUGGAGGAUGAGAGGCUGAAGAACAUCGAUCCGAACAUGAUCGAGCUGAUAAAGAACGAGAUUAUGGAUUUGGGUAAAACGAUAACGUGGGACGACAUCGCGGGGCUCGAGUACAUCAAGAAGAUCGUCAAGGAGGUGGUGGUGUUCCCCAUGUUGAGGCCGGACAUCUUCACGGGUCUCCGCCGUCCGCCCAAAGGGAUCUUGCUCUUCGGCCCGCCCGGCACGGGAAAGACCCUCAUCGGCAAGUGCAUAGCCUCGCAAAGCAAGUCCACGUUCUUUUCGAUUUCAGCGAGCUCACUGACCUCCAAAUGGAUCGGCGACGGGGAGAAGAUGGUCCGCGCGUUGUUCGCGGUGGCCAAGGUUCAUCAGCCGUCCGUCAUCUUCAUCGACGAAAUCGAUUCGCUGCUGACGCAGCGUUCGGAGACGGAACACGAGUCCUCCAGACGGCUGAAGACGGAGUUCCUGGUGCAGCUCGACGGCGCGGCGACGUCCGAGGACGAUCGCAUUCUGAUCGUCGGCGCGACCAAUCGGCCUCAGGAGUUGGACGAGGCGGCGAGGAGACGUCUCGUCAAGAGAUUGUACGUACCACUGCCGGAGCUCGAGGCGCGUAAGCAGAUAAUAAACAAUUUAUUGAGAUCGGUGCACCACGAUCUCGCUGAGGAGGAAAUCGCGAGGAUCGCGGAGAAAUCAGCGGGAUAUUCCGGCGCCGACAUGACGAAUCUCUGCAAGGAAGCGAGCAUGGAACCGAUCCGGAGUAUCCCCUUCAGUCAGCUCGAGGAUAUAAGAAUGGAGGAAGUGAGGCACAUAACGAAUCGCGAUUUCGAGCAAGCGCUGAUCAACGUGCGACCCAGCGUUUCUCAGUCGGAUCUGAACAUUUACAUCGAGUGGGAUCGUACUUACGGAUCUGGGACCGCUCCAAGCUAUAAGACUUAGUAUAAAAUACAAUUAACUUAAUUUUUGUUGUGUACAAAUUAUUGAAAAGAAAUUCUCUCGUAUCUUAUUUUUGUAACGCCAAGUUUUCUAACAAAUACGCGAUUGUGUGAGAUAGGAAAAGCUUUUUAAUGAGAGUUAAUUAAUUCUUAACUCUAUCAUGAUUAUAAUUGUAAUAAUAAAUAUAUAAUAUAAUCGUAUUUAUGGAUCUGAUACUGCCGAAAGCUAUAAGACCUAAUGUAACAUGCAAAUAAUUUAAUUUUUUUGUUGUGUACAAAUCAUUGAGAUUCUCUCUUGUGUUAUUUUUGUAACGCCAAGUUUUCUAACAAAUACGCGGUUGUGUGAGAUAUUAAAAGCUUUUUAAUGAGAGUUAAUUCAUUCUUAACUCUAUCAUGAUUAUAAUUGUAAUAAUAAAUAUAUAGUAUAAUCGUAUUUAUGGAUCUGAUACUGCUGAAAGCUAUAAGACCUAAUGUAACAUGCAAAUAACUUAAUUUUUUUGUUGUGUACAAAUCAUUGAGAUUCUCUCUUGUGUUAUUUUUGUAACGCCAAGUUUUCUAACAGAUACACGGUUGUGUGAGAUAGGAAAAGUUUAAUGGGAGUUAAUUCA